CAAUAAAUUAAGAUCAAUCUAAAGCGAAAAAGCUUUAAAAAAGCACAUCCUGAAAGAAUCCGUCUUCAUUGAGAAACAUAGGAUCAGUACCUGAGAUUUUGCUCCAAAUGAAGAAGUUAGUUGAAAAUUUUAAGCAAUAAGAAUGGGGAAAAGGCUCAUCUUCUGUGAUUUUAGAUUCAGGAGAAUGGUCAUCCUGUUGGGAAUACUGAGUCCCAUUUUGUUUUGGUUUUCAGAGGCUAAAUUUCUGUCAAAACAGAGGAUUAUACAAGUCGGAAGAAAAACCAACCACCUUAGAAGGCAUAUACUAAAAAGUAUUCAGAGUGAAGAUGGAGAUAUUGUUGAUUGCAUUGACAUUUACAAGCAACCAGCUUUUGAUCAUCCUGUUUUAAAGAACCACACCAUUCAGAUGAAACCCACAUACAAUCCAACAGAUAUAGUGAAGGAAAGGAGCAAAGAAUCUGCCAUGACUGUGACACAAAUUUGGAAGCGAAGUGGAAGCUGUCCAAAGGGAACAAUACCAGUACGAAGAACCCAAAAAAGGCACUUACUUAAAACCAGUACUCCAAUUGAAGAUUAUGGAAGGAAAAAACAGAGAUAUUCUUAUCCAGUCGGCAAGCUCAAUGAGAGUAAGAAUUUACAAGUUCAACUAGCAAAUCACUCGAAGGCAAUUUUGCUUACACUCGGAUACAGAUAUACAGGAGCUAAAGGAGAUAUCAGAGUUUAUAACCCUUUUGUUGAGUCAGAUGAUGAAUAUAGUACUUCUCAAAUAUGUCUCGUCAAUGGUCCUUACUAUGAUUUUGAGAGCGUUGAAUCUGGAUGGGCGGUAAAUCCAAGUGUUUAUGGGGACAGACAGACUAGACUAUUUGUAUAUUGGACGGCCGAUGCCUCAAAAACAACAGGGUGCUUUGAUCUAACUUGCCCUGGUUUUGUUCAAACCAGCGAUGAAAUUGCUCUUGGUGCAGCAAUCUAUCCAAUCUCAGUUCCUAAUGGGCUUCCAUAUCAAAUAACCAUUUAUAUCUUUAAGGAUCCAAUAACAAGCAAUUGGUGGAUGCAAUAUGGAGAAAAUGUAAACAUUGGGUAUUGGCCAGCAGAAUUAUUCAAGGCAAUUCGUUAUAACGCAGCGAGUGUGGAGUGGGGAGGUGAAGUUUACAGCAAAAAUGUAGGGCGUGAACCCCACACUGCCACAGAUAUGGGGAGUGGACAAUAUCCAGACUAUGUCUUUGGGAGUUCAGGCGUCAUAAAAAGAAUGAGAAUCCGUGACAAUUCUCCCACCUUGAAGUUUCCCGAAUGGGUUGAGACUUUUACCGACGAGUUCAAUUGCUAUGAUGUUCAGUACAUAGGGGAUUACGUUGAAGAUCCUGAGUUCUACUAUGGAGGCCCUGGAAGAAGUGAUAGGUGCCCUUAAUUCCUUUCCCAACUCUCCUGUAUUCUUUCUAAUUAAUUCAUUUCCCAACUCCCUUGUAUUCUUUCUAAUCAUGUAAUGUAAUGUAAUGUAAUUGUCUCUGUUUAAGAAAAAAAGAAUACCUUCUUAUCAUUUAUUUGAAA